AGGUAGUCAAUCAGUCAAUCCUUACUAGCAUGUACGAGGUACGCCCUUAGACAUUUAGAUAAAAAAAAGGCUUACGCUAUAGGCACAGCGAAUUCAAAAAUACGCUAACAAAAACCAAAAAAUAUAUAGAUGCGUGGGAGGACGUCUAAAUGGCCGCAGAGUCUCGAGCAUAACACAUUUUACCGCCUACCCGAUCCCAAAGCUCGUUUCGGUAUGCACACGAGCAAUCGUACGCCAGUCGGUGGCAGAAAUCCUUAUUCGACAUAGUAUAUAUUCAGAUGCAAACUAGCCCUACGGCAGUUGACUUCUGUUGUCCUUUCAUCUCGUCUCAGGUUAAAAGAAAGAGAAAAAAAAACUCACAUCGGGAAAAGAAACAAAAAAAAAAGAAAAAAAAAAAGAAACGGGGUGAGACGUCAUUCAGGUACCCGUUGCCUCAUUGCUCCAUUGUCAGUCGGCCGAUCUCGACCUCCCCUCUCUGUUUGUGCCUCGUUUUUACUGAAUGUGUGUGAGCGUGUUCAGACUUCUUGGCAUUAUGGCACGUCGGUGGUUAUGUUCAAUUAUCGUGAUCCUCACAAUGUUUUUAAAUAUCGUCACCGUGAAAGCUGAACGACACAAUCGCGAUUCACUUGUUCAACUUUUAAAGGAAAGGGAUCAACUCGAAGUCGCUCAUUCCAUGCUGAGAAAUUACAAAGCCAAAUUGAUGAAAUCGCCUUUUAGUGAUCAUACCAACAACAUGGGUCCUCCUGUUUGGGUUGGUGAUUCACCGCCAAACGUACUGAAUGGACAGGAUUUCUUCUGGGAGCCGAAGAUGAACGAAACGUUUACCGACGGGCCCGUGAAACGCACCGGACAUUCACAUCACAUUAAUCGACUGGUACGAUCUCGGAAUGAGCCCUUGUCUGAAGAAAUUUGCAAAACCAACAGAUAUUGGAAACAAAUCAACGAGACACGUGACAUCUACGGACAAGAAGUGCGCAUCGUUCACAGUUCAGAUUACCGACAGUUUGCCUUCGUUUACGAAUGCAUCAGAGAGGGAGAGCCGUGCUCAGGUAUAUCGGAGCAAUUGCAAUCAACUUGCGAGAUGCGACCUGGUUGGGCUAACAUGUUACACGUAAAGCUAACGGCACUCGACACCAGUUUGGCACCGCAAUGGGGUUACGUUGCGGUACCGCAUCACUGUGCCUGUAGAAUUUAUCCUCGAGUCAACCCAUUUAUCCCGUAACCGCACAAUUCUUAAUUUGAUUUUAAAAUUUUGUCCGCCCCGGCAAAACAAAGAGUGAUGAAUAAAAAAGACUUUUUCAACGAUGCUGCGCCGUCGACGGCCCAGCGCUUAACUGUUUAACGGCAGCAUUCCCCCCUUCCCCCUUAUAUAUGUUGUUCAUAGAUGUUAUCCGUUACCUCGUUCUCUGUAUAAAAAAUCCGAAUAAAUAAUCAGCUUUGCGUUUAACACACACACACACGUCUAAUGGUACAUAUGAAUACGGCUACCACUUGUCUGUUUGAGUGUAUGAAUGCGUAUAAAUGUACGUUUGAAUUAUCGAUUUAUUUUCUGCUCUCCCUACGCAUAUUAUGAUAUUUCUAAAUAUUCUCGUCUAUGGUGGUCGCUUGAAACCCCUAUCAGCUGCUAUACGCCCUCAUCAUUAUGAUUUAUUAUUGGAAUAUCAGUUUAAAAUAAAUAAUACGCAAUGAUACGAAAAAA